AUGCGACGUGCGGACCGUGUCCGGACCCUAUGGAUUGACAGUCUUUGCACGAACCAAGAAGAUACCAAAGAACGUGAGCAGCAGGUCAGACUGAUGCGGAAAGUCUACAGCCUCGGACAAGGUAACUUGAUCCACCUCGGACCAGGCAGCGUGCGUUUGUACCAGGCCAUGGGCGAUAUCAACACUAUCCUGAACAGUCUGCUGGCCCCAACCGGAGAGAAAGAAGUCGAAGAGACGGAUCCAGAUGCUGGGGCGCCAUCUCCGGCCGUCGGGACGACUGUGCCACGCCUUGCGGACUGCACUUGCCUCGAAGAGUUCUUCGACCUGCCAUAUGUCAGCUUACUGGUGCCUGACUACUCCAAAUCUACGCGCAAUGUGCUUCGCGACGCUUCACGCUUUGCACUGUCGAGAGAUCAUUGCAGGGUAUCAGACGUUCUGCGGGAGGUUAGCCUGUCGCCCGAAGACCUUGGCACAGCGGAACAGAUUUCAUGGGUGCCUUCCUGGCAGCGUCGCUGGGACUUCGAUGUGGACCCGGUGUCGUUCGGAAAAGGCUUGUUCAAUGCUGACGGUGGUAUUCUCUCGGACCUGGACUCAUCCAACAGCGCUCAAGAAGCACUCGCCGACGCAGACAUCCUCGAAUUGACUGGUCUGGUGCAUGACUGGAUCCAGUCAGACAUUGGGCCCACACUUACCACAGACGCUCGCUACAACUUCGUGCAACUCAAGACAUGGCUCGAAAAAACCUUGAAGCUCAUCAGCGCAUCAUUACCUCCUAUCGUGGUGGCUUCUGUCCUGCUGGCCGAGACGAACUGGGCACUCCAACGGGCUACCGCGCAGGAGCUGGCCGAGUGGACAUACCUCGAAGCCUGGAUGGCGCACAAUGACAUACACCCGCCAUCCCUAUAUGAUCUCACUGAUGAUACUCCUCCACCAGACGCAGCGGCCAUGAGGUCCUUCUUCGCGCUAGGCAUGGCUUGCGUCAACAGGCGCGCGUUCCGUACGGCGUCUGGCUAUGUGGGUUUAGGACCUCAGGUGAUGCGUGAGGGGGAUCUCGUGGUGAUAUUGAUCGGUUGCGAGACACCGUAUGUGCUGCGGCCACAUGUGAAUGGCACAUAUCGGCUACUUGGACAUUGUUAUGUGUAUGGUGUGAUGGAUGGCGAAGCUAUGCGUGAGCAUCGCCGGAGGUGGGAUGCGGACCAAGUGUUUAGACUUUGUUGA